AUGGAUCCCUCUGUUCCUGAGGAAUCUUCUGAUAAAUCACACGGUGAAACUCCAAAGUCUCACAAUACAGAUACUGCCAUAGAACCAACUUUUCCCAAGGAAUCUUCUAUAAGCAAUGAAGGUGUUCACGCAGAAGAGAGUUCAUUGUCAUGUUCAGUGUGUGGGAAAUCUUUCACUACAAACAGAGCACUUCUUAGACACCAGAAAAAUCACACGGGUGAGCGUCCCUAUUCAUGUUCAGAGUGCGGGAAAUGUUUCAUUCAGAAAGGGCACCUUCUUAAACAUCAGAGAAUUCACACAGGUGAGCGUCCUCAUUCAUGUUCAGAGUGUGGGAAGAGUUUCAUUCAAAAAGGAGACCUUCUUAAACAUCAGAGAAUUCACACGGGUGAGCGUCCCUAUUCAUGUUCCGAGUGUGGGAAAAGUUUCAUUCAGAAAGGAGACCUUCUUAAACAUCAGAGAAUUCACACGGGUGAACGUCCCUUUUCCUGUUCAGAGUGUGGGAAAAGUUUCACUCAGCAAAAAGCACUUCUUACACACCAGAGAAGCCACACAGGUGAGCGUCCCUAUUCAUGUUCAGAGUGUGGGAAACGUUUCAUUCAGAAAGGAGACCUUCAAAUACAUCAGAGGAUUCACAAGGACCUUCAUAUACACCAGAGAAUUCACAAAGGUUCAGAGUGCGGAAAGUGCUGGAAAUCUUUCAUUCUGAAAGGAGACCUUGUUAAACACCAGAAAGUUCACACGGGUGAGCGUCUUUAUUCCUGUUCAGAGUGCGGGAGUUGUUUCACUGAGAAAAACAGCCUCAUUAGACACCAAAGAAGUCACACGGGUGAGCGUCCCUAUUCCUGUUCAGAGUGCGGGAAGGGUUUCACCCAGAAAGAGAAACUAAUUAGACACCAGAGAAUUCACACGGGUGAACGUCCUUAUUCAUGUUCGGAGUGCGGGAAAAGAUUCAUUCAGAAAAAUGCACUUGUGUCACAUCAGAAGAUUCACGAGCGUGCGAGUAAUGCGGGAAAUGUUUCUUUCGGAAAAAACCAUCUUCUUAAACAUCACCAGAGACUUCACACGGGUGAGCGUCCUUAUUCAUGUCCAGAGUGCGGGAAAUCGUUCUCUCAGAAAGGAAGCCUUGGGCAGCACCAGAGGACUCACACGAGUGAGCGUCCUUACUCAUGCUCAGAGUGCGGGAAAUCUUUCUUUCACAGCAGAGAGCUUAAUAUACAUCAGAGGAUUCACACGGGUGAGCGCCCCUAUGCGUGUUCAGAGUGCGGGAAAUCCUUCACGUACAAGAAAAGUCUCGCGCAACACCAGAGAAUUCACAGGGGUGAGCGUCCCUAUUCAUGUUCAGAGUGCGGGAAAUCUUUCAUUCAUAAAGGAGACCUUGUUAAACACCUAAGAAUUCACACAGGUGAGCGUCCUUAUUCAUGUUCAGAGUGCGGGAAAUGUUUCAUGACAAAAAACCACCUCGUUUUACACCAAAGAAUUCACACGGGUGAGCGUCCCCAUUCGUGUUCAGAGUGCGGGAAAUGUUUCAGCCAGAAAGGACACCUUCUUGUCCACCAGAGAAUUCACACGGGCGAGCAGUCCUUUUCAUGCACAGAGUGCGGCAAAUGUUUCAAUCAGAAAAUAUGCCUGCUUAAACACCAGAGAUGUCACACGGGUGAGCGUCCCUAUUCCUGUUCAGAGUGCGGGAAAUCCUUCACUCAUAAAGGAGACCUUCGGAAACAUCAGAGAAUUCAUACUGGCGAGUGUCCUUAUUCAUGUUCAGAGUGCGGGAAAUGCUUCAUUGAGAAAGCAAAGCUUCUUAGACACCAGAUAAUCCACACAGGUGAGCGUCCCUAUUCAUGUUCAGAGUGUGGGAAAUGUUUCACUCAGAAAUCUACACUUGUUACACACCAGAAGAUUCACACAGGUGAGCGUCCCUAUUCAUGUUCAGAGUGCGGAAAAUCUUUCAUUCUGAAAAGAGACCUCGUUAAACACCAGAGAAUUCACACGGGCGAACGUCCCUAUCCGUGUUCAGAGUGCGGGAAAUCUUUCACUCUGCAAAUAGACCUUGUUAGACACCAGAGAAGUCACACGGGCGAGCGUCCCUAUCCUUGUUCAGAAUGUGGGAAAUCUUUCGCUCAGAAAGGAGACCUUAUUAAACACAAGAGAAUUCACACAGGCGAGCGUCCCUAUUCAUGUUCAGAGUGUGGGAAAUCUUUCAAUCUAAAAAAACACCUUGUUUUACACCAAAAAACUCACACAGGUGAGCGUCCCUAUUCUUGUUCAGAGUGCGGAAAAUGUUUCAUUGAGAAAAAAAACCUCCUGCAACACCAGAGAAGUCACACAAAUGUGCGCCCUUAUUCAUGUUCAGAGUGCGGGAAAUGCUUCUUUCAGAACAGUGACCUUCUUAAACAUCAAAGAAUUCACACAGGGGAGCUUCCCUAUUCAUGUUCAGAGUGUGGGAAAUGUUUCUUUCAGAAAGGAAACCUUCUUACACAUCAAAGAAUUCACACAGGUGAGCGUCCCUAUUCAUGUUCAGAGUGCGGGAAAUGUUUCACUCAGGACGGAUGUCUUCUCAAACAUCAAAGAAUUCAUACAGGUGAGCGUCCCUAUUCAUGUUCAAUAUGCGGGAAAUGUUUUAUUCAGAAAGCAAGCCUUGUUAUACAUCAGAGAAUUCACACAGGCGAGCGCCCUUAUUCAUGUUCAGAGUGCGGGAAAUCUUUUGCUCAUAAAAGAGACCUUCUUAGACACCAGAGAACUCACACGGGUGAGCGACCCUAUGUAUGUUCAUAA